AUGGAUUUUAAGAUGGAGAGGCCCUUAAAAGAUUUGCUUUUCAGGAAGCAUGCAGGGACAUUCCGAAGUUGGACAGCCCUUUUGACAGUUGCCACCAGCCAGCAGGGCAAUGACGGGAAGAAGCCGAGGAGUGAAACACCCGCGGAUAUACAGCGCAAAGUCGCCUCGGGAAACACCGCCAAGUUCAUACCGUGGGGAGCCCCCGGCCCUGCCCCAUCGAAGGAAGCGGAAUUUGCUAUAAAGGUUGAGCUGCCCUUGGAACAUGGAUCCGACGCGCACAAGCCCAGCGGUGAGCAUUUUCAGCGGUGCAGGCGGCCAGAACAGGUGCGGCUGCGCAGCAUGUGGGCCUUCUUGGUGAGACUGGUAGGCCUCCUGGGCCUGACUUCAAGGUUACUGGUAGUGUCUCAACUCCAAGGAGACCCUGCAGAAAGGUUGAGCCAGACCUCCAUCAGCCCCUCAAUCAUGAAGGAUCGGCACUUGGGUCUGACGAUUAGGGACUCGCGCUUCAUGCUGGGGGACUUCCCUUUCCUCAUCCUGGCGGGUACCAUCCACUAUUUCCGGGUGCCCAAGGAGUACUGGAGGGACAGCCUCCUCAAGCUGAAGGCCUGCGGCUUCAACACGGUUACCACGCAUGUUCCUUGGAACCUCCAUGAGCCAAAAAGAGGCCAAUUUUACUUUAUUGGAAACCUGGAUUUGAGUGCUUUCAUGUCCAUUGCAAUAGAGGUGGAUCUGUGGGUCAUUCUGUGUCCAGGCCCCUACAUCGGGAGCGACUUGGACCUUGGAGGCUUGCCCAGCUGGUUACUCCAGGAUCCUAAAAUGAAGCUGAGAACAACUUACAAGGGCUUCACUAAAGCAGUGAAUCGCUAUUUUGAUGACCUGAUUCCCAGGAUACUACCAUAUCAGUUCCAAGAAGAUGGCCCUAUUAUUGCUGUGCAGGUGGAGAAUGAAUAUGGUUCAUAUUACAAGGAUAAAAAAUACAUGGCAUAUAUUAAAAACGCCCUGUUGAAAAGAGGGGUCAAGUCGCUGCUCAUGACUGCUGAUACUGGACAGGAAGUGAUGGAAGGACACAUAAAAAAUGUAUUUGCCUCCGUCCACAUGAAGAAAAUAAAGAAGGAAACGUAUGAAAAGCUCUCCUCAAUUCAGGGUGCUGGUCCCCUCAUGAUGAUGGUGUACACAGCCAAAUCUCUGGAUGGAUGGGGCAGUCCCCGAAACAUUCUGGAUCCCCACUUGUUAAGGAAAGACGUGAAGGAAAUGUUGAACUUCAAGUUCUCUCUCAACUUUUACAUGUUCCAUGGUGGCACCAACUUUGGCUUCAUGGGUGGAUCUUCAUUCCUAGACAAUUACCUGCCUAUUGUCACCAGCUAUGACUACGGGGCACUGCUGACAGAGAAUGGAGAUUACACAGCGGAGUAUCUCAUGUAUCAAGAGCUGUUUCAUGCUCCUUCAGGUACCAGCAACAGCCUCAGUCCUAGACCUAAGGCUACAUAUAAGCCAGUGGCAACAGCUUACUUCAUGUCACUGUGGGAGAUACUGCCUUACCUGGAAAAGUCCAUCAGGUCUCCCACACCAGUCUCCAUGGAGCAGAUGUCUGUGAACCAAGGGAACGGUCAGUCUUAUGGGUAUAUACUUUAUGAGACUAUCAUCGUCAGCGGAGGCCUCCUCACCUCAAAAGGUCAUAUUAAAGACCGGGGUCAGGUGUUUUUGAAUGACAAGUUCGUAGGAGUCCUGGAUCACGUCAAUGAUCAGCUCAUCCUCACCAAGAACCAUGGCGACAAGGACUACCUGACCCUAAGGAUCCUGGUGGAGAACCAAGGCCGACUGUCCUCCGGGCCCAACAUCAAUCAAGAGAGGAAAGGUUUAACUGGGGACAUCUAUCUGGACAAUAAUCCAUUGAGAAAAUUUAAGAUCUACAGCCUGGAUAUGCAGCCCAAAUUCCUAAACAGAGACCUUCCUAACAUCUGGAGACCAGCCUUGUUCCAGCCUGAAGGCCCUGGCUUCUUCCUUGCUAUCCUGAGAAUUGGUAGUCAACCCAGAGACACCUUCAUAAAAAUGAAGGGCUGGACCAAAGGAGUGAUUUUCAUCAAUGGACAAAACCUGGGCCGCUACUGGAAUAUGGGUCCCCAGGAUACCCUCUACCUCCCAGCACCCUGGCUUCAAUCUGGAAUAAACGAGAUUGUGGUGUUUGAAGAAUUCAAGUCCUCCUUCAUCAUCCAGUUCACAAACAGUUCUCAUCUAGCUCCCCAGCCUCCCUCCCUCCCUCCCAGACAGCUGCAUGGUGCUCCCUGGCUCCCUGGGGGCAUCCUCUACUCUUUCCUCUUCUGA